UGAGACUAGAAAUUUUUUUAGGACAUUUCCUGUACGAGAGAUAUAGGGAUAGGAUUCAGUAAGCUGCUGAGGUGCUCUUAGAUCCCCGAGCCCAAACCCUACCCCCUAAUCAACCAUGAUGGCAGCCGAGCCCUCGCCGCCGCCGGCUGCCUCCGCCUCCGCCUCCACCGCCGCCGCCGCUGACGACCUCGAAACCCUUGCUCUCGACUCCUCCUCAUCCGCCGCCGCUACCGCCUCUGCAUCCACCGACCCCCUCCUCCGGCCGCCUCCCUCCCCCACCGCCGCCGCGAACCACGACCCCUUCGUCAUCGACGACUUCCUCGAGGAGGACGACUUCUCCCCUUCCCCCACCAUCGCCCCUCCGCCCGCUGCGCGAGCCGAUGCAGCGGCCACCGUGUUCGCGCGGAUCACCGUGUCCGAUCCGAAGAAGCACGCGGAGCCCAGCGCCGGAGCUGCCGGCGUGAUCCCGGGCUCCGGGAGCUACUUCUCCUACCUCGUCACUACCCGCCUCGCGGGCGGCGGCGGGGAGUUCCGCGUGCGGCGGCGCUUCCGCGACGUGGUGGCCCUUGCGGACCGCCUCGCCGCGGCCCACCGCGGCCUGUUCGUCCCGGCCCGGCCUGACAAGAGCGUCCUCGAGGGCCAGGUCAUGCAGCGCCACGACUUCGUGAGUCAGCGGUGCGCCGCGCUCCAGCGUUACCUCUGCCGCCUCGCGGCGCACCCCGUCGUGGGCCGCAGCCCUGACCUCCGCACGUUCCUCACCGAGCCUGGCGCCAUCCCCGCCUUUGAGGGCGAGGCGCCGCGGUACUGGACUACCACAGUGAAUGCUGCUGCUCCGCCCGUGCCGGCGAAAGCUGGGAGGGACUUGUUUGGGGUGUUUAAGGAUCUGAAGCAGACGGUGGUGAACGGGCUGGUCGCAACGAAGCCUCCACCUGUGGAGCAGGAGACAGACACAGAAUUCCUGGCGCACAAGGCCCAGCUCGAGGACCUACAGCAGCAGCUCACCACAACAUCUCAGCAGGCAGAAGCGCUUGUUAAAGCUCAGGAUGAUCUUAGAGAAACUACAGGUCACUUGGGAAUGACACUGAUUAAGCUGGCAAAAUUUGAAAGAGAACAGGCAACAUGUAGUUCCCAGAGAAGUCGAGCAGGUGAUAUCCAUAAUUUUGCAAAUUCAAUAUUGAAGUUCAGCAGAUCACAGAGAAAAUUAAAUUCUGAAAUUGUAAAACACCUGGGUAGUAUCCAUGAAUACUUGGAGAUGAUGAUAUCUGUCCAUCAUGCAUUUACUGAUCGCUCUAAUGCUUUACAUCAUGUGCAAAGUCUGUCAGCCGAUUUAUUUUCCUUGCACACCAGAGCAGGAAGACUUGAAUCUGUAUCAUCAAGAGAUAUGGGGCAUGAGUGGUCAAAGUAUCAGAAGGUAGAGGGAUUGAAAGAAACAAUAAGCUCAACAGAAGCAGCGAAAAAUGAUGCACUUAAAGAAUAUGAAUACAUUAAGGAAAACAACAUGAUUGAAAUCAAAAGAUUUGACAAAGAAAGACGUCGGGAUUUUGUAGAGAUGCUGAAAGGAUUUGCUAUAAGUCAGGUUUCAUAUUCAGACCAUUUUGCUGUUAUGUGGGCAAAGGUUGCAGAGGAGACUAAAGUAUACUGUAACAGGGGCAACUGAUAUAGCUUGUAUAUGGAAUAUAGAGCAGCGGAUUUUGAUCUAUUUAAUUUGCUCCGAUUUCAAGCACCAACAACCAUUCUUGAUUCUCCCCAUUUUUGCCUCGGGCCUGGUUGUGCAAUUGCGUGAAAUUGAGUUGCGGCAAAUUAGAUUCUCGGUGAUUAUUGGCAACUGUGAUAAACCUUACACGUAAUUUUUCUCGGUGAAAUUGAGUUGCGGCAAAUGAGAUUCUCGGUGAUUAUUGGCAACUGUGAUAAACCUUA